AUGAAUCGCCCCGAGCACCACGUGGCCAGGCGAGGCGGGAUUAAUACAGCGUCGCCAAAGAAAUGGCAGUUCCCCUCAUUGCAGAUCUUGGUUUUGUGGUCAAUUGGCUUCUCGUCACAGAACACCUCCCGCCAGGGUGAGGAUGGAAUUGCUCUUGUAAUCAUCGCGGGCAAGUGCAAGCCGGCUGGUGCGGAUAGCAACGGCGGAAAAGGAAACAAAGGGGAAGAAGGAGGAGGCAGAGGCAGCCCCAAGAGUAAAGAUCAGAGAGUGAAUGAAAAAAACGGGGUUCUCAAGCAGGUGAAGUUCUCAGUGUCAGCGAUCCAUUUGUGUCUCAUCGCUUCUUGUCGAAAGCAGGCAGUUGCCAAAGUCCCUCAGUAG